AUGGUGAUUUGGGGAAAGAGAGGUGACCUGGCCCUCAAGGCAGAGGAGGGCUUCACUUUGACCUUGGACACCUUCCUUCACAUCCAGCAGCUCAGGAAGAGGAGACUGAGAGCUUUCUGCCGCCAAGCAGGCAAAUUCACUGCGCUGCCAAACAGCCGGGAUGAGAAAGCCUCCCUGCUCCCGAGUCUGAGGGUGAACACCAAGCUGGACCUCCUGUACUGCCAGGUGCCAUCAACAGGGGUGGAGGAAUGGCAUCAGCUUUUGGAGAAGCUAGAGGAGGAAAAUGUGACGCUGCCAGUGCCGCUCCCCUACCGCCGGCUGCACGCUAGGGAGACACGGCUGAGCGAGUUCAACCAGACGGAGGUAAAGGCCAUGCUGCGGUCUUACACCAAAGUGCUCUUUGUCAGGGACCCUUUCCACAGGCUGAUCGCCACGUUCCUGCAAGGCAUGGGCAUCAACCCAUCCUUCAGCAGCUUCGUCCAGGAAGUCCUGGACAGUGGAAUGCACAACGGCAGCGUGGCUUGGAAACCGCUGGUCGGCCUGUGCCGGCCCUGCCUCGUCCAGUAUGACUACGUGGUGAUGUUUGGCUUCCUUAGGCAGGAGCUGGGCCACCUGCUGCGCCGGGCUGGGCUGCCUGUGGGCAGCCUCCUCCCCGAGCUCAGCGACAGCCAGGUGCAGUGGACAUACAGGUGGCUGUCAGAGCAGAUGUUCAGCGAGCUGUCUGCCCAACAGAAGAAGCAGCUGUCUCAUUUCUACCGCUGGGACCUUGCUGCUUUCCCAUUUUCUAGCAGUUUCCUGUCAGACCUCCCCAGCACUGCGGAGACCGGGGAGAAAUAG